AAACGUUUAGAUUGAGACAAGUGUGAGUGAGUGAUGAAGAAAUAUUGUAUUGGCAAAGGAUAAGGGAAGGGGCAAGGAUGGCAUAAUCUUGUGAGAGCUGAUUGGGUAUUGAGCUCGGCGCAGCACAGCACAGCACAGCACAGCACACAAUUAUUGUUUUUAGCUAGACGGUACAUCGAGAUUGCGCCACCACUCCACCAUAAUCACGUGGUCAGACGCAAUCAAAGCCGUCAAAAUUGCCAGAUAAUGCAGCUGCGUCGCCGCCACCUUUGAGUUCUGAGAAUACGAUCCCUCAUAAAGCGGGAAGCACCGCCUCCAUUUCUAGUAAAACAGAAUAAUAACUGCCACCACCACCGCCUCCGAUUUCAUCUCUCUAUAUCCUCCCGCCACCGUGACGACGGUUUACGAAGAAAUCAAACUUAUUUAAUUGCUUGAGGAAACAUUCACGCACGUGUAACUUGAAAACACAAUUUAGGUUAACUUUAAGUUAAUUUGAUUGGAUUGGAUUGGAUUCACGUGUUUGUUGCAUAAUAUCCAGCUCUCGGAUUAGAUUUGAUUUAACUUUUUAUAGGCGUUUGGUUUGGUUUGGUUUGGUUUGGUUUGGUUUGAUUAUCUAGUUUCCACUGUGUUGUUUGGGUUAGUGUUGAAAUGGAGUCGAAGCAUAUGUUUAUGUCAGCCUUGGGAGUCGGGAUAGGAGUCGGAGUGGGGUUCGGAUUGGCGUCGGGAUCGCAGGCUGUGAGCAAAUGGGCAGGCAGCCACGCCAUGGUCGGCGUCACUCCCUACACAAUGGAGAUGGAGAUGUUGAGCCUCCUCUCUGAUGGAAGGGAUAGCAAUGUCACCUUCGACAAAUUUCCCUACUAUCUAAGUGAGCAGACAAGGGUCUUGUUAACCAGUGCCGCUUUUGUUCAUUUGAAAGAAGGUGAUUUCAGUAAGCACAUACGGAACCUUUCUCCAGCAAGUCGUACCAUUUUGCUCUCUGGCCCUGCUGAGCUGUAUCAGCAAAUGCUAGCUAAGGCGUUAGCACACUAUUUUGAAGCGAAGUUGCUGUUAUUAGAUGUCACUGAUUUUUCUCUCAAGAUGCUGAGCAAGUAUGGUGGCCUUAAUACAGGACCUUCUUUUAAGAGGUCUGUAUCUGAAACAACUCUAAGUCGAAUGUCAGAUUUCAUUGGAUCACUAUCGUUACUUCAACAAAAGGAGGUCAAUACAGCAGGUACACUACGAAGGCAAAGCAGCGGAGUCGAUCUGAAAUCAAAUACACAAGAAAGCCCUAAUCCUGCAAAAUUGCGUAGAAAUGCGUCUGCUGCAGCAAACAUCGAUUUCCUUGGUUCAACUAGUUCACCUUCGAAACCAGCUCCCCUCAUGCGCACCAGCAGCUGGUGUUUUGAUGAGAAGCUUUUCAUACAGACACUUUAUAGGGUUCUUGUCAAAACAUCAAAAGUGUGUCCUGUUGUCCUUUAUCUUAGGGAUGUUGAGAGAAUCCUGUGCAGAUCACAGAGGUCGUAUGUCUUGUUUCAGAAAAUGUUAAAGCAAUUGUCUGGAUCCAUACUGAUCCUCGGAUCAAGAAUUAUUAAUCCUGACAAUGAUUACCGAGCAAUUGAUGAGAAAAUUUCUUCUGUAUUUCCUUACAACAUUGAAAUAAAACCCCCAGAAGAUAAAAAUCAUCUAGUAAGCUGGCAAUCACAGCUGGAGGAAGAUAUGAGGAUGAUCCAAUUCAAGGAUAAUAAAAACCAUAUAAUAGAGGUACUUGCUGCUAAUGAUAUUGACUCUGAUGAUUUGGAUUCAAUCUGCAUGGCAGACACCAUGGUCCUUGGCAGCUACAUAGAAGAGAUUGUGGUGUCAGCUAUCUCAUACCAUCUGAUGAAUACGAAUGAACCCGAAUACAGAAAUGGGAAACUUGUCAUAUCAUCGAAGAGUCUGUCCCAUGGGUUGAGUAUAUUUCAGAAGGGUAAAUCUGCUGGAAUGAAUAAUUUGAAGAGUGAACCACAAGCUGCGACCCCUAAGGUUGAAACGAAAGCUGCAACGCCCAAGGCUGAAGCUAAAACUGAACCAAAAGCUGAAGCUGAUGUGCCUGAAAAGAAGAGUGAAGAACAACCAGUUCCUAAAACUCCAGAAGUUAUUCCAGACAAUGAAUUUGAAAAGCGCAUAAGACCAGAAGUCAUACCAGCCAGUGAAAUUGGUGUGACAUUUGCAGACAUUGGUGCCUUGGAUGAGAUUAAGGAAUCACUGCAGGAAUUAGUGAUGCUACCUCUAAGAAGACCAGACCUUUUCGAAGGUGGUCUUCUAAAGCCUUGUCGGGGAAUACUUCUUUUCGGGCCUCCUGGUACAGGAAAAACCAUGCUGGCAAAGGCUAUAGCGAAUGAAGCUGGAGCAAGCUUCAUAAACGUUUCAAUGUCAACUAUCACUUCAAAGUGGUUCGGUGAAGAUGAAAAGAAUGUCCGGGCCUUGUUCACUCUCGCAGCCAAGGUCUCACCUACUAUUAUCUUUGUAGAUGAAGUAGACAGCAUGCUUGGUCAGAGGAACAGGGCUGGAGAGCAUGAAGCCAUGCGGAAGAUAAAAAAUGAGUUCAUGACUCAUUGGGAUGGAUUAUUGACAAAAACUGGUGAAAAAAUACUGGUUCUUGCUGCAACCAAUAGGCCAUUCGAUCUUGAUGAAGCAAUCAUCAGACGUUUCGAGAGAAGGAUUAUGGUUGGCUUACCAGCUGUCGAAAACAGAGAGAAGAUCUUAAGGACAUUAUUGUCCAAGGAGAAAGUUGAUGAAGCUUUAGAUUUUCUGGAGCUAGCAACGACGACUGAAGGAUACAGUGGGAGUGACCUAAAGAACUUGUGCAUAACUGCUGCUUACCGACCAGUGAGAGAGUUGAUCAAGCAAGAGAGGCUAAAAGAUCAAAGAAAGAAGCAUACAUCUGAGGAAGGGAAACAGCGAAGCGUGGAUACUGAAGAUAAGAAGGAAAGGGUCAUCACGAUUAGACCAUUGAAUAUGGAAGAUUUCAGAGAAGCUAAAAAACAGGUGGCAGCUAGCUUUGCUGCUGAAGGGUCCGUGAUGGCGGAGCUGAAACAGUGGAACGAAGCGUACGGUGAAGGUGGUUCAAGGAAGAAGGAACAGUUGUCCUACUUCCUGUAGGGAAGAUCACUGAGAUUUUGAAUGAGACUGUGUAUUUUUGAUGGAAGCCGAUCUAAAUAAAGCUAAAGCAGCCUUGAAAAUGUGUUGCAACAGACUGCACUGAAAAUGUUGCUGGUUUUAUAAACGCUGUUGUAGUAUUUGUAGUGUAAUGCAUUUGCUAGAGGUGACAAUUGCUGGAAAUUGGGAUCUUAGUGUACCAAAUCAUGAACUUCUUUUAAGUUGGAUCUUCUGUUGCAA